AUGUUAAAACCAAUAUCAGUGAAAAAAGUAGCAGUAAUUAAUGCAACAUCAAGUAAUGAAACGUUAAAAAAAGAAAGAAUUCUUCGCGAUGAGCUGCCGUCACUGCAAAAAAUUUUAGAUGAAAUGCAAAUUGAAGCAGAAGGUAGACAGAAAGGUUUCAAAAUGUUUUUAGAAAACAAUAAAGCGAUUCUGAAUGCUGGCUUAUUAAUCGAUGAUUCUAUGGAUGUGAUACGUUAUGGCAAAGAACCAUUCUUAAAACUUUUUAGCUUACCUUUAGCAAUAUUAUUUCGAUUUAUUGGCUUACCAGUAAUUGCUGAUUUUUUCGCCAAAACUGGAACAAAUAUUUUAUCUGAUCUUUUUUCUGCUGAAUCUUCACCAAAGUUAUAA